AUGGUUGGAGCUCUGUGUAGAAGUGACUGGAAAAUGGACGCAUGCACGGGGCAUAAACCAAAUGCUUGGACUUUCUAUUCAAUGAAUGCCUAUAUCGCCUUGAUAUUUGGCUUGAGAUUCUUCUUCUGUUAUUCGACAGCUACGUCUUCAUCAGAAGAGAGCAAUAUUGAUGUGGAUCAAUGGCUGAAUCUUUCGCAGCACAGCCCCACAACCAGCCCUAGUGGGAGUAAUUCAGACAGAAUGGUCACUUCGUCUCAGCAGCUAGUUACAGGGUGCGAUCAGGCCAGUAACCAGCCUCAAGCGGUAACAGAAAAAGUGGUUGGCAAUCAUGUUUCUCAAGCAAGAACAAUUAUCGCAGAAGAUGUCGCACAUAUCAAAGCCCAAGGCUCUUAUAUAAAUGGUGAGACGCCAUCGUUGACUAAUUUGAAACAUAAAAGCGAAAGAGGUGGUAAUACCGGUAGCAAAAAGCGUAGCGAAGAGGCUAAGCGACGGUAUGCACUUCAACGUAGGAUCGAUCGGCAAAGAAACAAAGAACUGGGCAUUGGUCUGACACCUUCUCAAAAAGAAGCCAUCAGAGUUCAAAAAGAAAGAUAUUGGAAACAAAUCAAAUCAGAUCCUGAAAAGCACGCUAGACUAAAUAAACUGAGAGUUGCCAGUAGAAUCAAACGUGAAUCGAUGAUCAAGGCUGAUCCAAAAUUAGAUGAGAUAAGGAAGCGGAAAAAAAGAGAUCGAACAAGAGCUUAUCGCGCACGAUUAAAAGCAGAAGGACAGCAGGAACAGGACGGAAAGAGAGACGCUACAGUCAGAAACAAUGAACAUUAUCGUGUUCUAAAUUCACCCUAUACCCACAUCCAUGAUCAUUUUGCACUGCCUGAAAUGAGAUUGUUAUCUAAUCUUCAUGAUCAUUUUGCACUGCCUGAAAACAAAUUGUCAUCUAAUAUCCAUGAUCAAGCUGUGACACACAGCCCUUUUAUGUGA